GCGUCGACAAAUUCUUCAAUUCCACCAACGAAAAGUAAAGUUCUCAAACUUCGUCAAAUUUGGCACUCUGUGACGCCUAUUAGCUUCCUGAAAUGUCAGAAAAUGCAGUAGCUGAGUGUUUAGAAACGUUGGAAUCUGCAAAGCGUUUGUGUUUGCAGAUUCACAGUAACAAGAAUGAAGAUCCAGUAAACGGCCAACAAAGAGCUCACGAAAUAAAAAAACAGCUUUCUGCUAGACUUUUACUUUUGAGAGCAGUUAAUCGUGAAUCAUAUGAGCAACUUCAAAGAGCAAAGGGAGCAACUUCUGAACAUCGUGCUGCUCUUGAACAAGCUUUAGUAAAUUUGCAAGCGUUACAAUAUCAGAAAUUACAUUUAAAUGCAAUCAUUAAAGAUUAUCAUGGCAAAGAACACCUGUAUACCCAGCUUCCACUAAUGUCUAAGGAAGAAUUUCUAAAAGAUCAUUCUGAAUUACAAAAUGCAACUGAUCAUGAAGUCAUGAUAGCAAGACUUCAAGACGAGCUAAAAGAACGCCAGCGGCUAUCUGGUCUCAAACAAGAUUUACUCAAACGAAAAGCAACUCUUAUUUCGGAGAACAAGGCCAAACGGAUCAAGUUGGAGAAGCUCGAUGACAAGCUAGAAGCCUUUUUCCGAUCUGUCAUUCCUGUACAAGAAUAUUACCGAAGUACUUCUCUAUGAGCUCGAUUUUACUGUCACAGAACGAGGAUUUUUUUUGCCGACGAUUCAUGCAAUGAUGAUAAUUUGUACAAAACGACUUAUAUUUAACAUACUGUUCACAGUCCUUACUGUGCUUUUACUGAUAUCAUGGUUUCAUUAGUUUGACUCAACAAGUGUUUGCAGCUUCUCAAGGUAUUGUCCCAGUUCUUGGCGAAUCUGCUUUCCUAGAGCUUCCCUUUGAGUUUCCAAAAGCUGCCGACGAGAUCUUAACUCACUUAAACGACUCAUUUUUCUUUGAACAUUUUCCUCACUGUUUAUCUGUCAAUAUUUAUUAUUUGCAUAAUAAUAACACUGGCUGUUGCCUGCUUUCCUCAUACUUUUUGUUUUGUAAAAGUUUCAUUUCCGUCGUUAGUUGCGAUUUUUCAUAUUCUAUCUGCUUUGUAAACUCUUGUUCAAUUUGGUCGCGUUUUCUGAUGCAUCGUUCCAUGUGUUUAAUGCUCAAUUCUUCCAAAACGCGCUCAAUCAUGUCAGAACUUUUUGGAAUUAGUUUAAUUCAUAUAAUUUAACGUUUCUACAUACUUAGAUUCAUUGGAAGUGGUGGUUUCAGUUCUUUGUUUCAUGCUGUCAAGUAUUAGUAGAAUCCAAGUUACGCGUAGCGCGUUCGGAACUUAUAUAACUGAAAAAAUAGGACCUCAAUGACAGGCCUUUAUACCAAGAAAUCAGAUAAUUUCUUUAAUUUUAUAUUUACCUCUUUGCUCAAUACUGAUUUGCUUUUAACUUAGUUUACAGUGAUAGCCCUGUACUGGUUGUUCAACAAUUCUAUACGAUAAUAAUUAAUAAUUUUUCC